CGGUCCUGUCGCCUGGCUGACAGACAUCUAAGCUAACUCCACCGCCGAACACGCUACGGUUGGCUGUGGCCCAGCUGUUAUUACCGUUUGCGCUGCGUUGUUAGCAUGUACCGUGGUGGGGAGCAUGUCUCACCCCCGUGUCAACUCAACUAAUUAUGCGCGUAUAGCUUUCGAUGACAUGUAGCAACGUCAGUAGAGGAUAACCGACUUCCUCCCCACUCGGACGGACACAAUCAGAGCAACAAUGGCCGUCGAAAAUGUGAGUAUGGUGUUCAAGCUGUACUGCCUGUCUGUGAUGACUCUGGUGGCAGCUACGUAUACAGUAGCACUGCGGUACACAAGGACCAUUUCAUCAGGAGAUCUCUACUUCUCCACAACUGCAGUGUGCAUCACUGAGGUCAUCAAGUUAAUACUGAGUCUGGGGAUGCUGGCAAAAGAAACAGGAAGCCCCAGCAGACUGAAGAACGCCAUAGUGGAGCAUUUGUUUUUAAGCCCGAAAGAGCUGCUAAAGCUGAGUGUGCCCUCAGUCGUGUACGCAAUUCAGAACAACAUGGCCUUUGUUGCCUUGAGUAACCUUGAUGCGGCAGUUUAUCAGGUGACCUAUCAGCUGAAGAUCCCCUGCACGGCCUUGUGUACAGUCCUCAUGUUGAAUCGUUCUCUAAGCCGAGUGCAGUGGGUCACCAUUUUCAUACUCUGCUCUGGCGUCACACUGGUUCAGUGGAAGCCUGUAGAAGCUACUAAAGUCCAGAUUGAUCAGAAUCCUUUUAUUGGCUUCAUUGCCAUUGCUGUUGCUGUCAUUUGCUCUGGAUUUGCAGGCGUAUACUUUGAGAAGGUGUUGAAGAGCUCGGACACGUCUCUGUGGGUGAGGAACAUACAGAUGUACCUGUCUGGAAUCAUUGUCACACUGAUUGGUGUUUACAUGAAUGAUGGGGACAAAAUCCUGGAGAAAGGCUUCUUUUUUGGUUAUACACCCUGGGUGUGCUUUGUAAUCUUCCUGGCCAGUGUGGGCGGUCUGUACACAUCAGUGGUGGUGAAGUACACGGACAACAUCAUGAAGGGCUUCUCUGCCGCGGCAGCCAUUGUCCUCUCAACUGUGGCGUCAGUCAUCUUGUUUGGACUACAGAUAACCAUCACAUUUUCCUCUGGUGCCCUGCUCGUGUGUGUUUCCAUCUACCUAUAUGGACUUCCAAAGCAGGACACGUCCAAAUUUAAGACACCACAAGAUAUAGAAUCCAAACAAACUGAUGAACGUGUGAGUCACUGACCUGCAGCAGAGACGCUUUGCUGGCUGGUGGACCAGGUUGCUUUAGGGUCACAUUUCUGGAGAAACAAACAAAAGGAGCUCCUGCACUUGAGAUAUCAGAGAGCCAGUCCACCUUUUUUAUUUUUUUAUUUCAAAUGAACGAACACAGCAAUUGUGCAGAAUUGCUCUUCUAAUCCAGCCCACUUCCACCCGCAUAGAUUGAAUUUGGAUCUUGUCCAGGAAUCUUAAUGUUUUUAUUGAUGGUUUUGGAUAAUCUUUUAUUUAACACACUUUUUUUUUCUUUUCUUUUUUUUUAAAAUGUCCCUCAAUUAAGCAAGUCCUGUCUCAUUAUCGGAGCCACAUGUUGUGAUGUGAAUUUGUUACUUUUACUUCAAAGUAUUUUAAAAAGGUGGAUAAGUACUCAACUCCUUCUCAGGAGUGUUUUCUUCUGUUACAAGGUGGUUACAAAGUUUUAUUUUACUGUUUUUAGGCUCAUGCCGCACAGUGCUUUUAAUAAAUGUGUCCAAAUCACAGAAUGAUGAGAUACUUGGAAACGAUGAAGACUGCAUAUGUUAUGUUAUCGAAGUGUCUUUUGUAUCAGACCUGUGUUGACUUCUGCUCUGGAGAUUACUUUGAAUUUUUUUUAAUUAAAUUGAAAUGAGUUCAUGUUGAAAUAAAAGAUUUGUGAAUUUCUGUCCAA